CACAAACAAUCGCAUAUUGUUGCAUUGAGUGUUGUCUGUGUUUUGUAAAAAGGAAUUAUAUACAUUAAUUACUUUAUUUCAUAAUCAAUCUAGUUUAAAAAUGGGUUGCGAUGGUGGUACUAUACCUCGGAGAGACGAACUCGUUCGUAUGAAAAAGAAGCCUGAACAAAAAGACAAAGAUGCAGAACGCUCAUUCAAGUGGCGCAACUGUGCGUUGUCGCAGCAGCCUCUGCAGGAGCCAAUAGUCGCCUGUGGACUGGGAAGGCUUUACAGUAAAAGCUCUGUACUUGAAGCCCUAUUGGACAAAGAGACGAAACCUGAAUCUAUCAAUCACAUUAAAAAUCUUAAGGAUAUCAAAGACCUACAGCUGGUAAAAAACCCAGCAUAUGUAGCAACAGAACACACUGAAGGCACUGUUGGAGAUGGCAGCGCACCCUACAUAUGUCCGAUCAGUGGACUUGAGAUGACGGGAAAAUUCCGCUUCGUGUUCCUGUGGAGCUGUGGCUGUGUCUUGGCUGAGAGGGCUUUGAAGGAGGUCAAGCAGAAUAUCUGUCAUAUGUGUCAACAACCUUUCACCGACAACGACAUUGUAGUACUUAACGGAACAGAAGAGGACAUCGAAAAACACAAAGAAAAGAUGGCUGUGCGUGUUGCCAACCGAAAGAGCAGUAAAAAGUCCAAGGCAGGCAAAGUUGAAAUUAAAGUUGAACCAUCGACAUCUACUGUCACAUCAACCACUGAUAGUUCAUCUACCUCAGUCGAUGCCAGCAUAAAAAAUGAAAAUGAAGUAAAAGAAGAACCACAAGCUGGACCAAGCCAGGAGACUAAAAAAGAAAUGGUUGAUACAAUCCCACUGUCAUUACCAAAAUAUAAUCCCAAUAAGAUCGCUCGGGGACACUUUGGGUCAAGCAAAAGGGCACAUCCAACGGAGCUGGUGGAAGACCCUUCAUAUAAAAAGACUAAGAAAACAUACAGUAUAGCAAAGGACCCACAGUCAAGUGAGGUGUACAAGUCUCUGUUUACUUCUCACAAAACAGAUCAGGAGCAGCAGAGGGCUCACUGGGUAACUUAUAAUCCAUUUUACAAUUGAUCAUUAUUAUAUUAGAUGAAUACUCUUAUGUAUCUUGCCCUUGUGUGUUGAGUUAGACACAAUAAUUAAGGUAGAUAUUAGCUACUGUACCAAACCAAUAAUAAUAAAAAAAUCUAAAAUUUUGAUCUAGCUCAACUACUAGGGGAAACUCUUAGAUAAUAAUUAUUGUCUAGGUGAUUUUAUUGGUUACAAAUAAAUAAAACAUAAUAAUGUUA